AUGGGUGACGCCGAGGGUCGCAUCCAAACCUACCUUGCUGUCUUCAAGCAUCUCAACACUCUAGAUGUUGAUUGGAAAGGGUUCGCAGAAGAGCUUGGGAUCUCAUUGACAGGCAACGCUCAACGAAAGUUCAAAGAGUCAUUGAAGAAGGACGGUUUUCAGCUCGCAGCUGGCAAGAUCACUCCACUGGACGGUACCAACAGUUCGAGCAAGGCAGCUGCCACUCCCUCUAAGAGAAAGAAGAAAGUCGUCGACGCUGAAGGAAUUCCCAGUAAGAAGCGAAAGCAGAAGAAGGAAGAGGUUGUGAAGGAGGAGGAGGAGGUUGAUGGAGAGGUCGAUGGAAAGGUCGACGAGGCUGACGGUGCUGAAUGA